AUGGCGCCGAGCCACAGCAAGCGAGCGCGAAGCGAAAGCUCUAGCUCUAGCGUGUCUAAUUUUGAACCAGAGAGCAGCAGCAACGACGAGUCUAGCUCGGUAUGGCCACCCCCUGCGAAGAUUCGGACCAAAACAAAACGUGUUCCAGUUAGCAAGGAGGAAACUGCAGCUCUGGGCAAAGGAAUCCGACCAAUGCAAAACUUUCGUGGCUGUGAUUGUAAGGCGCAGAUUAUUGCAACGCUGAAGCGCAUCAAGGUUGCGGAGAACCAGUUUGGCUUUGCUGUUUACGUCACGAAGCAGCACACGACGCACACUCAUCCAUUAAACGGAGACGCUUGGAGGGCGUAUGCUGAGAACCGACGUGUCGAGGACCCGGAAAUCAUCGAGAUGGUUCGAAAGUUUGUUGCAGUGGACUCUAAGUUUGGCAAAAUCCAUCGCUAUGUGAUUGACAGCACUGUGGUUCAAGCAGAUCAAAAGUACGCUCGCAAGAUUGAUUUCAAGGACAAGCAACGUGAGAAGAGGAAGAAGGAAGUACAGCCAGAUACCGAGGGCGUAGCGGAAGAUGGCGUGGAGGAUAUUCAUCCGUUCGUGAAGCACGCUGAGUACGAUGAGGAGAUGAACCGGUUACUGAACAAGACCACUGACCACGCAGCAGAGCUAGUUUUUCCUGGAUACGCGUACGCAACCAAACUGUACGCAGCUCUUGAAGCAUUUCUAGGCAUCAUCGAGGCAUCAGGUGUACCGCUCAUUAGCGAAGCACCGUGGACACAGCGUAAGGACAGUAAUUGCAGUGAUACUGGCAUUCAAAAGUGCGGGAGUGAUGAAGAUGAAAGGGUUCCAGAAACGCAGCCAACCAAACCUGACGAAUCCAGGCAAAAGCCUGUGGCCGUACGUGUAGAUGAACCCGUGACCGCACCCACGGAUACAAUUCCUGCACCGGAAGGCCCCACUGAAGAACCCACUGCAACUUUGAUUUCGGCACCAUUUAAGUUGAACAGGAAAGUUAAGGUGAGCGGCCGGCCAAAGACGACAAAGGCCACCCGAGCGUGGUACCCUAAGCAAGCAAAGCCGUCUACGUCAAAAAUCAUUUCGCUGGAGUACGAGAGCUCUGAAGAAUCCGACAACUGCAUGACUUUUGAGCAGUACAAACCUGGACCAAUGUCAUUUGAACUCGUCUGUGAUGCUCCAUACGAACUAUUCACGUACAAUGACAAGCGCAUCGAUCUGUCUUCUGAAAGUGGCCUAGUUGUCAAAUUUCACCCGAGCCUUGAUGAGAACGCGACGCUGUAUUCGGAAUCGAUUAUUGAUACCAUGGCACGUUUUCAUGAGAAGCGCAAUUUUUUAAAGAACGUGGAUGCUUGCUUGAAAUGGAUUGUGGCUCAGGCACAAAGGCGAUCAGUGGCUGUAGACCGUGUCGAUGAAAUAACCUCGGCUCUGCGAGAGGCAUCUGUGUAUGCUUUGAUAAAGAUCCGCGACGAAGAGGUGUGUUUCGUAUACGAGCUUCUGGCGUUUCGCAGCAAGGAGUGGCUUAAUGACAUGUGCAUUCGACUUGCUAUACAAGUGAUGACUCAAGAUCGAAGUGAUAUCGUGUACGUGGAUGGCGCCAUGUUUGAACACAUCCAGCCUCAGGAGAUUCAUCUGAACGAGAGGCUCUGUGAUGUAUUUGAUCGGCAAUCGGACUACACAAUCAAGAAAGCCGACAAUAUCCGCCAAGAAGACGGGCAUAACUGUGGAAUCAUCGUCAUUUACUACAUGGAAAGCUACAUCAGCACCCGCAUCGUAACGAAUCCAAAUCAAGUUUUGCUUCAGAGUAUUCGACUAGCAUACUUUGUCCAAGGUCUCCGUCGACUCUAUCCCGACAAAGACCUUCGCUUUUUUGGCUAG